AUGUCCUCCUCAUCAUUAACGCUGAGCACGCUAUUAUCAACACUACACACACACCUCAAUGCACAAACCCAACUUCUGCCGACACUCCAUGUUCAACUCGGCCUACCACAAACCGCCCUGGAAGACGAACUGCAAACAUUACAGCAUACCCUGACCAAAGCCGUCGAGUCUCAGAUAGAGGUGCGGAGGAAACAAGUGGAUGAUUGGAUAGUGAAAUGCGAAGGGGUGGAGUCUGGUUGUGCUCGGUACUCGAGAGCGCUUGGCACGCAUGCUAAAGUUGCUGGAUCGCUCAGCGAUCUAAAAGCCGAGAAGGUUUUGCCAAGGAGAUAUGAAAGCGCCACUGUAUACCAGGAGAAACUAAGACAGAUCUAUCAUACGAAACUCGAGCAGCUCACGACGUUGACCAAUCGCCUGAACGCCCUCGCACGGACGCUGGGCUCCCAUUUCUUUCAACAAGAUAUCUUAACUCCAGCGGUCGCUUCUGCUGAGGAACUAGACAACCCUACAGCACUACGAGAUGUUGUACCUGAACGAUUCUCCAAACUUGAAAAGGAGCUUGUACGAGGAAAAGGCGAAGUGUUGAAGCGACUAAAUCAACUGGGUGAAGUCUUCACCCAGAUCGACUGGCUUUACUCAGAACUAGGUAUCGAUCCUCCCCCACCCACUGUCCCAACACCGGUUGCCACCUCAUCCUCAACACUCGCUGUGCCGAGAUAUUCUCUGCCACGAUCUUCAUCCGCCGGUAGCACGCGUCUCAAUUCAAGUGCAGACCCAUUUGCGUCCCUCGGACGCUUCAUCGAACUACUCGACUCAUCACCGCAAGACUCAUCACCUGGACCAAUCUUAAAUUCAUGUGGUAUCGAACCGACGCAGGGGAUCUUGGCUUGGGCUGAUAGACUGCACGCCGAACUAAACGAACUCAAGAGGCGCCGCGAAGUGCACAUCCAAGCCAUGUAUGACCAGCUGGAGGCGCUUUGGCGACGCAUGGGUGUGGGCGAGGAGGCUAUGGAUGGUUUUGUAGAGGCGAAUCGCGGGACGACGCCUUCUGUGGUUCAAGCAUAUGAAGAAGAACUGGAGCGCAUGAUUGACUUGAAGCGCGAGAGAAUGGGCGAGUUUAUCGCUAAUGCUCGCACAGAAAUUGAGAGCCUGUGGGAGGAGCUCAUGGUAGGAGAAGAUGAGCGGAAUGAUUUUGCGGCGUUUGCUGACGAUGAACAUACAGAAGAUUUGCUGAGCCAGCAUGAGCAUGAGAUCGCCCGCCUGAAAGCGGAAGUGCGGCUCAAGAUGCCACUGCUGACAUCGAUCAAGAAGUAUAUGGAGAUUUGUGAGGAACAAAAGGAGCUAGAGCGUGUAGCCAGCGAUCAGACGCGCCUUCUAGGAAGGGGUGGGGGACGAGAUCCCGGCAGACUGCUCCGGGAAGAGAAGAUGCGAAAGAGAGUUGGGAAAGAGAAGCCCAAGCUUGAACAACAAUUACUGUCAUCGCUGCCUACAUGGGAGCAAACGCACGGACGAGCUUUCCUCGUGCAUGGCGAAAGCAUGCUCCAGCUGUUGAUGGAGAAUGCAUCGGCAAACGAACAGGAGAACCGCAAAAGAACGCCGACUUCUCAAUAUUCUGCGCAGGCGCUCAACAGGGGGGCUUCGCAAAGUCUGAAGCCCGCCGCAGCCGCCAACAGUGGGGCAAAUGUUGCUCCCAAAGGAGGAUAUGUCCCUGGCAAAUCCAACGCAUCUCAUCAUGGCGUGGUAACACCCGCCGUUCGGCCAGGAUCGUCGUCUUCGAAUACCCACGGAACUAAUAAACGACAGAAACUCAUCGAUGGCACGCAUCAUACUGUAGCACGUCCAGGAUCUCCCACAAGAGGCCGGACACCCAGUGGCAAUUCAGCUCUCCCUCGACCAAUCACGCAAAACGCACCGCCUAUGUCUUCCAAUUCGAAGAACUUGCAAGGGUACGCUGCACUGGGAUGGGGCCGCAAUCCUUCGACGAUGCCACGAUCAACAUCGCAUACGAGCGUAACACAUCUUAGCUCAAGCGUGAGCUCGCACUAUCUUUCAAGUACACGAUCGUACAACUCUGCAUCGAUGGCGUCCAGUCAUUCUAGGGAGUCAGCAGCUAAGAAGACGACGGGUCGCAUUCGCAAGGAGAGCUUCAAACCACGGCCGAGUAUCGAUGGUGGCAGUGGGGGCGCUGCGGGAUGGAAGAGCGGGUUUCGGGGGAUGAGCGUUGCAGAGGAGGACGGAUGCUGA